AUGGACAGCCCGGAGGUCACCUUCACGCUGGCCUAUCUGGUGUUGGCCGUGUGCUUCGUGUUCACGCCCACCGAGUUCCACUCGGCCGGGCUCACGGUGCAGAACCUGCUGUCGGGCUGGCUGGGCAGCGAGGACGCCGCCUUCGUGCGCUACCAUCAGCGCCGCACGGCCGCCACGCUGCUGUGCCACUCGCUGCUGCCGCUGGGCUACUACGUGGGCAUGUGCUUUGCAGCCUCGGAGAAGCGGCUCUACUUCCCGAGUCAGGCCCCAAAGGCCUGGCAGCUCUUCCUCCUCCUGGCGGUGAGCCUGCCCAUCAUCUCCUGGAGCCUGAUCUACUACUGGUCCCGGGACCGGUGGGCCCGCCACCCGCUGGCCCGCACCCUGGCCCUCUACGCCCUCCCACAGUCGGGCUGGCAGGCUGUCGCUUCCUCUGUCGACACUGAGUUCCGGCGGAUUGACAAGUUUGCCACAGGCGUCCCGGGUGCCCGUGUGAUCGUGACAGACACGUGGGUGAUGAAGGUGACCACGUACCGGGUGCACGUGGCCCAGCAGCAGGACGUGCACCUGACCGUGACGGAGUCACAGCAGCACGACCUCUCGCCAGACUCGAACCUGCCCGUGCAGCUCCUCACCAUCCGCGUGGCCAGUGUCAUCCCUGCGGUGCAGGCCUUCGACAUCCGGCUCAACUCCACAGAGUACGGCGAGCUGUGCGAGAAGCUCCGGGCGCCCAUCCGCAGCGCAGCCCACGUGGUCAUCCGCCAGAGCCUGGGCGACCUGUUCCUGGAGACGUUCGCCUCCCUGGUGGAGGUUAACCCGGCGUACGCCGUCCCUAGUAGCCAGGAGCUGGAGGCAUGCAUCGGCUGCAUGCAGAGCCGUGCCAGUGUGAAGCUGGUGAAGACGUGCCAGGAGGCGGCCGAGGGCGAGUGCCAGCAGUGCUACUGCCGCCCCAUGUGGUGUCUCACCUGCAUGGGCAAGUGGUUUGCCAGCCGCCAGGACCCGCAGCGCCCCGACACCUGGCUGGCCAGCCGUGUGCCCUGCCCCACCUGCCGGGCGCGCUUCUGCAUCCUGGACGUGUGCGCUGUGCGCUGA